UUGGCGCAAGAAUUGAUUACAGACGCUUCCGGUACCUUUUCAGUAUGCCUCCCCUCAAGUUUGUCAUUAAGUGUGGGAACCAUGCUGUGCUGGUGGAUCUCUACUCUCUGCCCCUGGGCUCCCUGGUAGACAGCUGGAUCACCACAGAGCACAUAGAGGAAGUGACAGAGCUGAUCAGAGGUGCUGUGGACCAGAGGGUGAAGCUGCUUAAAGAGACCUACUACUGGAGAGGCCUGCCCAAGCACAAGAGAGAGCCAGCUCCUGCAGAAACACUCAGUGUACAAGGUAUCCUCUCCACGUCAUGCUGCGACCUGCACCCAGGGCCCCUCCCAACCAUGCCCACGCUGCUAGGCGCUGUAAACCAGAGGCACUCAUACCACAGGUCUCCAUCCUGCCCCCUCUAAACCAUCAACCUCGGGGUCCUGAGUGAACUCAUCGCCAUACUCAAUCACAAUCACAGACUGGGCCAGUUUCCACUUUCACUGUUCCAACCAGGUGUGUUUAUCCAAAUACAAUCUCUGUGUAAACAAAAGUCACAUGAUUGAUCUGGGUUCCUUACUCCAAUCCAUUACUCGUAGUAUCGGGCUGAACACACAGGAGUGCCUCUCGCAGUGGGCUGGGAACAGCAGUGCUGGAACGUGGAGUGAGAGUGUAAUGGUUACCUGUAGGGUGUGGAAGGAGGAGGGAACACAGAACUAGUCUGGACACGGUGACUCUCGACAUGCAGGGUGUGACCCGGGAAGGCCUGGGACAUGAACUGUGUUUGGAUUGGCAGACACACAGGUAACCCAGGUAUGUGUGAGCACAGCGCUUCAUGCUGGCUUCUGUUCAGUAGAACAACACUUCUGCUGGCACCAGGGACACACCUAUGUUAAAAUGUGUCGCUUGCAUACCGUCGUUACCUAGCAUCUUUGCCUUAUGAAUACAUUAGAACCGCAAUUAAUGGCUUAACAAAACGUAAUGACAUACGUUAAUGCUUUAUGACUCGUGUCACAGAGCCUGCUGAAAUGUGAAAAGAUGAAUGAUCUCAUCCUAUAUAGAAGAACCAACGACAGAGCAUUCUGAACAUAUUCUCUCAA